CAUUGUUUCUCUGUCCAGUGGAGGGAGAGCUGCAGCUUUUCACUGUUUAAAUGUUCUUCAUCCAACAGAGACAAACUGCUGGAGGAAAAUCAUUCAUCUGACAGCAAAGAUGCAGUGGAGUCUGAUUCUGCUCUUCCUGAUGGCUCAGUGUUGUUUCAUUGACUGUCAGCUCUAUCAGUUUCACUACAUUAAUCAGAAUAAGAACUGGACUGAAGCUCAGCAGUACUGCAGAGAGAAACACACUGACCUGGUCACAGUGACUAACAUGAAGGACAUGGAGAGACUCAACAUCUCAGCUGGAGGUCAGAGUGGAGCUUGGAUUGGUCUGAUCAGUAAACCAGAAUUUACCAGAACAUGGUACUGGUCUCUGACUGGAGUGGAGUUCAAUGAAAGCAAGACAAACUGGAACCCAACAGAACCAAGUGAUACAGGAAUUCAAGUAAUCCAUGAAAAUUGUGUUAUCAUGAAUGAAAAUCUCAAAUGGACUGACACCCAGUGCAAAAAUCAACAUAAUUUCCUCUGCUAUGAUGAAACUGAUACAACCCAUAAAUAUCACCUGAUUAAAAAGUGGAAGACCUGGCAGGAAGCUCAGAGUUACUGCAGAGAGAAACACACAGACCUGAUCAGUGGAACGAAGCAACUAGAGGAUGAAGAACUGAAGAAAUUGAUGAUGUCUUCUGAUAAAAUAUACAUCGGUCUGUUCAGAGACACCUGGAGGUGGUCAGAUGGAACCAGUUUCUCUUUCAGACACUGGAAUAAUAAAUUAAACAAUCAGAAAACCAACAGUGGUCAAUGUGCCGCCACUAAGUUUGAUGAUGAAGGCAGAUGGACGAAUGUGGACUGUGAUAAUAAAAGACCCUUCAUCUGUUAUGAUGAUAAAGUGAUCCUGAUCAAAGAGAAUAAAACCUGGGAGGAAGCCUUGACCUACUGCAGAGAUCAUCACCAUGACCUGGUCACCAUCACCAACAUGGAGGAUCAGAGAUGGAUCCAGGAGAAAGUCAAGAACGCAUCGACUCCUUUUGUCUGGACGGGUCUGAUCUACGCCUGCACUCUGGAUUUGUGGUUCUGGGUCAGUGAUGAGGUGGUCAGCUAUAAGAACUGGGCCAAAGGUGAACCGAUGGACGACUGUGACAUGUCUGGAGCCAUGGAGACGAGAGGAGGACAUCAGUGGAGGAAGAAAAAUGAUACAGAGACGUUUAACUUCAUCUGUUCUAAACAUUGAGACCCAAACCUUUGGCUUCUGAUUGUUUUGUGCCCAAAGUUACAUUUGAAGUUUCAGAAAUACAGCUCUGGAAAGAAUGAAUAGUCCAAUGCAUUGAACGCCAUUGAAAACCUAUUUAUUAAUAUUGAUCUCUAAUCUCUUCCUGAGUUAAAACAUUAGUUUUAUUGUUCCUAAAUGAAUACAAACUUGUUUUCUUUGCAUUGUUAGAGGUCAGAGAGCACUGCAUCUUUCUCCUCAGUUUGACCAUUUCUCAUUUUCUGCAAAUAAAUACAAAAUUAUCACUUGGCGUUUCGCAGUCAGGAGUUCAUAGAAUAGAAAGAACAAUGUUCAUUUUACUCAAACAGAGAGAAGCUGGUUCUUUUUAUUGGUUCAUUUUUUCAGAUUGUGUUUGUUGGAUUAUGUGAGGUAAAUAAUUUGGGGUUAUUUGUUUGAAGGAUUAAAUGUACUUUUAAUUUUGUUAUUAUUAUCAUUAUUAUUUUUCAAAGUGCUGUUUUGCUGCAAGUUACUUUAAAACUUUUACAAACAUAUUUAGGAUUAUAUAAAAAAAAUAUACAACUCAUAUAUAAUCUAAUAUUUCUACCAACCUUCAGCAACAAGAAUCAUUCUACAUGGAGAUUCUGUUGUUCUUGUAUCUUUUAAUUCAACAUCUAUUCUUAUCUAUACUAACAGAACAUAGUUUGCAUUUUAUUCACUUUGAUCAGUUAUUAUAUUACAUCCAGCUCUCUAUAAGUAAUCAAUAAGUGUGUGGUGGGUUAACUGGAACUUGUUUAUUGUUUAAAUAAAUCCUGACAGGUUGUGUAAUCUUGUUUUAGCUGUUAAGUAAGAAACAUGCUGUUCAGUUUAUUAUCACUGUUUUAAAUGGAUUUACAGUCAUAUUCAUACUUUACUGUAACAUUGUUAGAAAAUAAUAAAAGCUGUU